GAUGGCGGAAGGAGGAGCGGCUGAUCUGGAUACCCAGAGAGGAGAGGUCGCGGCACUGUUGAAAACACAGCUAAGAAAGGGGGACACUUGGUACCUGGUGGACAGUCACUGGUUUAAACAGUGGAAGAAAUAUGUGGGGUUUGACAGUUGGGACAAAUACCAGAUGGGUGACCAGAAUGUCUACCCAGGACCGGUUGAUAACUCUGGUCUUCUCAGAGAUGGGGAUGUGCUGGCCAUCAAGGAGCACCUCAUCGAUGAGCUGGACUACAUCCUGGUGCCUACAGAGGGCUGGAAUAAGCUUGUCAGUUGGUAUGGGCUGACAGAGGGUCAGGAGCCAAUUGCACGCAAGGUGGUGGAACAGGGUAUGUUUGUGAAGCACUGCAAGGUGGAGGUGUACCUGACGGAGCUGAAGCUCUGUGAAGACAGCAACAUGGACAAUGUGAUCACCAGACGUUUCAGUAAAGCUGACACAAUAGAUAUGAUAGAGAAGGAGAUGAGGAAGCUGUUCAGCAUUCCUGAUGAGAAGGAGACCAGGCUGUGGAACAGGUACAUGAGCAACACCUUUGAGCCUCUCAACAAACCUGACAGCACCAUUCAAGACGCCGGCCUCUACCAAGGACAGGUUCUUGUAAUAGAGCAGAAGAAUGAGGAUGGCACAUGGCCCCGAGGCUCCACGGCACCCAAGUCAUCUGGUGCUUCCAAUCUCUCUGCUUUGCCAAAGAUCUCGCCUUCAUCUCUCACAAACAAUCAUAACAGCAGCUUCAGCAGCAGGAAUGUGAAGAAUUUGAGCUACAGUCUGCCGUCCUACCACCCCUGCAGCAACAGCUAUGACUACUCAGACCAGAGCAGGCAGAGUGAGCGCUCGGGCCUCUGUGGACUCUCCAACCUGGGCAACACCUGCUUCAUGAACUCUGCUGUGCAGUGUUUAAGCAAUAUCCCUCCGCUGACGGAGUACUUCCUCAAAGACAAGUACACAGACGAGCUGAAUGAGGACAACCCGCUGGGCAUGAAAGGGGAGAUUGCCAGAGCCUACGCCGAGCUUAUCAAGCAGCUGUGGUCGGGCAAAUACAGCUACGUAACCCCAAGGCCUUUCAAGACCCAGGUGGGCCGCUUCGCCCCCCAGUUCUCGGGCUACCAGCAGCAGGACUCUCAUGAGCUGUUGGCCUUCCUCCUGGACGGCCUUCACGAGGACUUGAACCGCAUCAGGAAGAAGCCCUACAUCCAGCUAAAGGACGCUAACGGCAGGCCUGAUAAGGUGGUGGCGGAGGAAGCGUGGGAGAACCACAUCAAGAGAAACGACUCCAUCAUUGUGGACAUCUUCCACGGCCUUUUCAAGUCCACCCUGGUGUGUCCUGUGUGCUCCAAGGUCUCUGUGACCUUCGAUCCUUUCUGCUAUCUGACCCUGCCACUUCCCAUGAAGAAGGAGCGGACACUGGAGGUCUAUCUAGUCAGACUGGACCCUAUGGCCAAACCCACACAGUACAAGCUGACUGUGCCGAAGGUGGGCUACAUCUCUGACCUGUGUACCUCCCUCUCCAGCCUGUCUGGGGUUCCUGCUGAGAAGAUGAUCGUAACUGACAUCUACAACCACCGUUUCCACCGGAUCUUCGCCACCAACGAGAACCUCAGCAGCAUCAUGGAGAGAGAUGAUAUCUACGUAUUUGAGGUGGCGGUGAACAGGGUGGAGGACACAGACCACGUAGUGAUCCCAGUGCACCUGAGGGAGAAGUACAAACAGUCGGGCUACAACCACACCAGCACGCCGCUGUUCGGACAGCCCUUCCUCAUCGCAGUACCCAGAACCCUCAACGAAGACAAACUCUACAACAUGCUGCUUCUGCGCCUCUGCCGGUUUGUGCGGUCUCCGGUAGAGGAGGAUGAGGAGGACUGUGAAGAGACACAGCCGUCCAAACAACACACUGUCAAUGGUAAUGCCACUAACGGACUGCUGGAGGAGGGGUCACCAAGUGAGAUGGAGACCGAUGAGCAGGACGAUGAGUCCAGUCAGGAUCAGGAGCUGCCCUCUGAGAACGACAACAGCCAAUCAGAGGACUCUGUGGGCGGGGACAACGAACUGGAGAACGGCGUGGUCGGUCCACAGAUCUCCACCAAAGGCCAGCAGACGGCCGAGCACAACAGAAAGAGACUUUUUACAUUCCAGUUCAAUAACAUGGGCAAAACGGACUUCUCGCUCAUCAAGGAGGACACCAGGCAGAUCCGCUUUGACGAGGGACACCUCCGACUCAGUGACCGCUCUUAUCUGUCCUUGGACUGGGAACCAGAGAUCAAGAAGAAGUACUUUGACGAGACCGUUGUCGAGGACUUUGACAAGCAUGAGAGCAUGGAGUACAAGCCUCAGAAGAAGGCUUUCUUUAAGCUGAAGGACUGCAUCGAGCUGUUCACCACAAAGGAGAAACUGGGAGCGGAGGACCCAUGGUAUUGUCCAAACUGUAAGCAGCACCAACAGGCCACUAAGAAGCUGGACCUGUGGUCUUUGCCGCCGGUGCUCGUGGUCCAUCUGAAACGUUUCUCUUAUAGCCGCUACAUGAGGGAUAAACUGGACUCCCUUGUUGAUUUCCCACUCAGAGAUCUGGACAUGUCUGAGUUCCUGAUCAACCCCAACGCUGGGCCGUGCCGCUACGACCUCAUUGCUGUUUCCAACCACUAUGGCGGAAUGGGAGGAGGCCACUAUACUGCUUAUGCUAAAAACAAAGACGAUGGGAAGUGGUACAACUUUGAUGACAGCAGUGUGUCUCCUGCCAGCGAAGAUCAGAUAGUGUCCAAAGCAGGCUACGUGUUGUUCUACCAGCGGCAGGACACGGUGAAAGGCACGGGCUACUUCGCUCUGGACCGUGAGGAGGAAGAGGAGGAGGAGGAGGAAGAGGAGGGUGAGGAGGAGGAGGACGAGAAUGAGGACGAGGAGAGACAGGAGAAAAAGACCGCCUCCUCCACUCAUGGUGCCUCGUCGGCCGCUACCGCUGCUGCCGCCGCUGCUCAGAACGUUGAGGAGGACGUGAACGAGAACCGGCGCAGGAAGAAUGACAACGAGCAGGAAGACGAGGAGGAGGAAGAGGAAGAUGAUGAGGAAGAGGAAGAGGAGGAGGACGAGGAACAGGCGCCCAAUCGAGAUGUCGCCAUGAAAACCAACUGAAGUUGACGCGGAGGACACGGAUCAAUGGAGAGAGAGACUGGGAUCUUUCCAUCCAAAGCCAUAUGGACACACAGCAUGGCAGCCGGCACCACCGCUCCCACCCAGCGGCACAGACUCGGCCGCUCGACAGGCGGAGCCACUGUGGGGGUAACGGCUUUUAGGUCAGGGAGCUGCUGCGGUACGCAUCUCUAAGAAAUCAGGGCCCUCCUCUGUGGUUGUAUCACUGAGUGUGUGUAUAAAUGUGUGUGUGUAAAGUGUGUGUGAGUGUGUCGCCACGUCCAUUGGUUUAGGAAUUUGCUCACUGAACGACACCGGGUAUUGAUUUUGAGGCUUCUCAGUACAUCAGUGUAGCGCUUUGAAUCUCCCUCUGCUUUUUUUUUGUUGCUUUGUUGUUGUUUUCUUUUUUUUUAUACAUAUUUUUUGAGAGCAAUGCAUUGUUGGCAUAUCAUUUUAGUAUCAUUUAGAUAUUUUGUAAAUAUUUUAAACACUGAAUCAUAUUGGGGUUUCCAUGAUGCUCUGAAACAUUUUGAACUUGCACAAUCACCAACCAUCCACCUUUUUUUAAAAAAAAUGUAUUAUUUCCAGACAUACUGCAGUUGUUUAACAAUGGCGUUGUCUCUCAGAGGGUUUGCUCACGUAAAAAGCUUAGGAGGCCGCCUUUAGUAAGCCAGCAAUGAGACGCGCUGUCAUGAACAGUCUAGACUUAACUUAGAGAAGCGACGCACAUAGCUGUGUGGUUUUAUACAGUGUCAAACAGCCAAACUGUCCUAGCUUUGUACUACUGCUGCUGCUGCUGUGAUCUUGCGUAGAUAAUUAGUAUACUGGCAUGGACCUUAGAGGUUUAAAGUCCUGCUUUUGCUGUCUCUCUCUCUGGUCUCCUCUGUUGAAAAUUCCUAUUUGCUUAAACCUAAAAUAAAGCAGGGUUGUUGUAUCAUCCAGCUUAACUUUGCAGAAUAACCAGAUUCUGUUUGUGCAUAUUUUAUCAGCAAAAAAUGAAUCAGGAGACGAUGAGCUCCUAGCGUUCAAACUUCUAUCUUAAUGAACUCAGCGUAGUCGGGCAGGGGGUUGCAACAAAUAUCAGUUCUGAAAGUUAGCUGGCCAGACACUGAUCUUCCCUUCGACUCUCCCUCUUAAGUUAAACUUUGUAGGCGGUGUUUAAAGCUUUACCAUGGCUCUGCACUCUCUCUCUCCUUCGUGUUUGAGGCGCUGUGAGAUUAGGAACAUCGGUGAUAUUGCUGACAUCAGAUGCCAUCGUCUCUUGUUUGGAUCACCUCGGCCUUAACUCUUAAUCUCAGACCGGUCGCCUUUUCUUUUCACGUCACUAUCACGCUGUCUUUCUUGCAUGUCCCCUUCUGCAUCCACCAGCACUCUAGUUCGAAUGUCCAUAUUUGCUUGUUACAUCGCAGCCACGUCAUUUCAAACAGUUUUUUUUUUUUUAAACCCACAUGAGGGCCAGAAUGUAUGCUGAAUGGAAUGAACACUGACCAGAUAUAUGUGGUUGAUGCCUUUUGAUUCUUUAUAGGGCCAGAUGUGUUGUUUUUUUUUUCAUGGCUCCCUUUCUUGGUUUGGUUGAAUGUGAUGGUAAUGGGUUUCCUCACCUUUAAUACUAGCUGUAUGAAUUCAUGAGUACUGCUGAAUGCGUCCCUUUCCAGAGUGUGUGUGUGUGUGUGGGGGGGGGGGGGGGUUGCUUCUUGUGGUCCUGAGCUUUGAGGUUGGGUAGGGAAGGGGAAGGGGGGGGGGGGGGGGGGGGGCUAACUGAAAACUGUGGGGUGAGUCGGCCUAAAAGGCCUUUCAGCUUUUGGGAUCAUGAUACAGUGAAAAUAUUUUGUGGCAGAUUGUUGCAGGAUAUUCCUCCAUCGAUGUAACUCAUGAUAAAACUAUUCUCCAUGGUGGAGUGUUACGUUUUCUUUUUCUACCUGUUUUUUUUUUCCAUUGUAAACAGCACUAGCGUACCUGUUGUUGCCUCAGAAUAUUAGAUGUGUACCAUGCCUUUAUGAGCAUCUCUGUGCUUCGACUUCAGUGGGCUUUAUCGCCUCGGCGCUGCCUUGCUUUUCGGGCGACUCACCCCAUCCUGACUGAGUGAGAUGUGAUUGCUACUAUAGGCUUAUACAAUACUGUACAUAAGAGUUCACUCUGUGAGUGCACAUUUGAUAAAGUUUAUUUAUUUAUAUGUAAGCAUUUAAUAAUAAACAGACAAUAUAUUUAAAACUUUGGCAAGACCCUAAGUGUCUGGGGGUGGGGUGGGGGGAUGUGGCUCCAGUCCACACGUACACACUAGUUUGCAAAGUCUUGCCUGCGCUCUUGUCAGGGAGGGAAUAUUUUUAAGAAUUAAAAAAAAAAAGGAAAGGAUGGUUCUGUUGUUUUGGGACUUUUUUGUAAAAAAAAAAAAUAAGAAUAAUCCAGACAUCCU